AUGGCACAGAAGACUAGGCAACGCAAGUUUCUCUCUUCUGAACAAACUAAUUCAGAAGGACCUGGUCUAUGGUCUGCCUAUGUCAAAAUUCAAGAUGUAAAAGUUCAGGAAACUCCACUAGCACCUGAGAGAAGAAUAGAGGAAAACCAGCCAAAUAUACCCUCUUCCUCUCAGAAUGAACCUCAGACAUCUAACUGGAGACACCAAAGCUCUCAUCCGAUGGACAACAUUAUUACUCCUCUAGAUUCCGGAGUACAAACCAGGUCAAGAGUUAGAAAUUCAUUUGUCUUCUCAGCUUUUUUCUCCCAGAUAGAACCCAAGAAUAUCAUGGAAGCCUUGAAAGAUGCAGAUUGGAUUACAACCAUGCAACACGAGCUACAUCAGUUUGAUAGAAACAAUGUGUGGCACCUGGACCUAGUGCUGUAUUAUCCCUCAGGUGACAGUUUUAAUCUCAUUGGUUAUGCUGAUACAGAUUAUGUAGGUUAUCUUGUGGACAGGAAAAGCACUUCUGGAAUGGCUCACUUCUUAGGUUCAUGUCUUAUCUCUUGGGGCACAAAGAAGCAAAAUUCAGUGGCUCUUUCAACAGCUGAAGCUUAA